AGCUGCUCUUAUCACACCAGAAACAACCCGAUUUUAAAGGCUAAUAAACAUCCUUUCAAAGGUUCGGGUGCCUAUAAAAGUGCCCGCUGAGCGCAGCCCGAGCCCAGAGCUCGGGGCGGUGUCCCGGGAGCCUCUCCCGGCUGCUGGGGCCGCUUUUCCUGCAGCCCACCCUCCUGCCCGUGAGCACAGCGCUCGUUCCGCGGCUCCGCAGCGCGUUCUGGGCUGGAACCGAUCGGGACCGGCCACGUCCCGGGGCGCGCCGGGACCGCUGGAGCCGCGGCCCGAGCGGGAGCACGGAGGUUAUCCUCGGGAAUAAAGGGCUGUUCCCUGCCCGCGCCGCUGCUCGAUGCUGUCGCGGCCCACGGGGCGAUCACAGCCCCCGGCCGGGCAGGGCAGGGGCGAUGCGGGCGCGGAGCUGCUCCACCCUCGCUGUGUUUACCCCAAACACAGCGGGGCCGCGGGCGGCCGCCCCUUAAAGCGCGGCGGGUGCGGGGCAGAGCGGAGCCGCGGCGGCCGAGCGGGCACACGCUGCAGGCGGGCUCGGCCUGCCGCUGCCCGGGGCCGUGCCCAUGGCCGAGCCGGCGGCGGGCGAGGACGCGGGCACCGGGCCAGAGGUGCUCGGCUCAUCCCCGGUCACCAUCGUGGUCACGUCCGAGGCUGACACCUGGGACAUCGACACCUCCCCGUGCCGGGGCCGCGGGCCCUUCGUGGACUGGGCCAAGAUGCCGGAGCCGCAGGGGCCGGCGCAGAUCCCGCGGGACGUGCUGGGCCGGCCCCCGAAGGAGCUGAAGCGGCUGGCCAGGGAGGGCUGCUGGGCCGGGAGCCACGCGGGCCGGGCCCGGCUCUACCCGCGGCUCAUCCAGCGGGUCUCCUGCCGCCUCGUCACCCCCGACGCGCUCGUGUACCGGGACGUGGCCGGCCGGCUCUUCGGGACCCCCGGCGUGAGCUCGCACCCCCUGCCCGAGUUCCUGGAGGGCUGCCCCGUGCCCACCUACUGCCUCAGCCCGCGCGGGGUCACGGCCCUGAGGAAGAUCCUGGUGUGCGUGGGCGCCCUGUUCCCCGACAUCACGCACAGCCCGCUGCUGCCGGCGCUGGCGGCGCUGCUGCUGCACUACAGCGAGGACGAGGCCCAGUGCUUCGAGAGCCUCUCGCGCCUCAUCGCCAGCAACGCGCCCCACGCCGCCUACAUCGACCAGUCCUUCCUGGCCCACCAGGCCUCCUGCAUGACCUUCGGGGACCUGGCCAGCAAGCACUGCCCGGCGGCGCACAAGCUCAUCGCCGGCGCCGCCGACAACGUCCUCGAGGUCUACUCGGAGUGGCUGUCGUGGCUCUUCCCCGGGCUGCCCUUCGCCUACGCCGCGCGCGUGCUGGACGUGUUCCUGCUGGAGGGCCAGAAGGUGCUGUACCGCAUCGCCCUGGCCCUGCUGAAGCAGUUCAGGCUCUCGGCCGGCCCGGCCGCGCCGCAGGGCUGCGACGUCAAGGCGGAGCUGCAGGCUUUCGCCAGGAACAUCGCCGAGCACGUGACCGUGGACAAGCUCCUGGAGAGAGCCUUUGGCAUCCGCCUCUUCUCCCGCAAGGAGAUCUGGCUGCUCCACAUGGCCAACAGGAAGGCCUUGAUGGAGAGGGGCAUCACCGUGGUGCAGAGAAGGCCGUCCUUCCCCCUGGCCGUGGACAUGCAGAAGUUCAGCUCCAGCACUGUCACGGCGCAGGAGAUGCGCCUCGUCUGGUCCUGGAUCCCCGAGCGCUUCUCGCUCUUCCCCCCGCUGCUGCUCUUCUCCACCUCCGAGGACGGCUGCAGCCUGCAGAGGUUCUACACGUGCUGUGAGGGCUACGAACCCACGGUGCUGCUCAUCAAAACCACCGAGGGGGAGGUGUGUGGGGCCUUCCUCUCCUCCGACUGGGCCGAGAGGAAGAAGAGCGGAGCCACGCCGGCCUUUUUCGGGACGGGGGAGUGCUUUGUGUUCACUGUGCGCCCCGAGGCAGAGAGGUACGAGUGGGUGCUCAUCCGGCAGCCGGAGCUGGCCAAGGCCGUGCCGCGCUGCCGGCAGCGCUCGCCUUCCCCCGCUGCCGAGCCCCCGCCCGGCUCCUCCCCAGGCAGCCGCAGCCCCCAGCGCCUGGCCGUGCCCUCGCCGCCGAGCAGAGGCCGCCUGUCCCCGUUCCUGGCCAUCAGGCACUUCCUGCUGCCCUCCAGAACGGCCUCCAUGUUCAUGUCCGGCUCCCGGGACGGCAUCGUCAUCGGUGGAGGGGGCGGCCAGGCGCUGUCCCUGGACGCCAGCCUGCUGCGGGGACACACGGAGCGCUGCGAGACCUUCGGCAACCCCCCGCUCUGCCGGGAGAACUUCCAGGUGCAGCUCCUGGAGGUGUGGGGCUUCCAGAGCGCCUAGCCGCCCCGGGGACACCCCCUGUGCCCCCCGGGCCCGGGCACGGGGACCCCCGGCCGGGCUGCGGCCCCGGAGCGGCAGAGAGGGCACGGCAGAGCGGGGCAGAACAGACUGGAUCAGAACAGACUGGAUCAGAACAGACGGGAUCAGAACAGACUGGAUCAGAACAGACGGGAUCAGAACAGACGGGAUCAGAACAAACUGGAUCAGAACAGACGGGAUCAGAACAGACGGGAUCAGAACAGACUGGAUCAGAACAGACUGGAUCAGAACAGACUGGAUCAGAACAGCCUGGAUCAGACCGGACCAGACCGGGGCAGACCGCGGCAGAACAGACUGGAUCACAGCAGAGUGAUGACCAGAGUGGAUCAGAGCAGAGCAGAUCAGAUCACAUCAGACCAGAUCAGAUGGGAUCAGACCGGACCAGAUCGGCCUCGUGGUGCUGUGGAGAGAGGCCGAGGCAGUGCCAGGACCAGGACUGCGGGCCCUGCCCCUGGGGACAUCCAAGGUCCCCUCCCACAGUUUAGACCCGGCCCACUCCACCCAGUCUGGCCCAGUUUGGGGUGCUGGAGGGGAGGGCAGCCCGGCUGGAGUUUCUCACACCUCCCUGGCCUGUCUGCAGCGUGGGGCUCAGCAAACUGGGACAGCACGGGCAGAUUUCGUGGGAAUUCUGAGGCCAGGCUCCAACACCAAGCUCCAGAGCUCAGCAGAAAUGCUCCCAGAUCCUCUUCCCCCAGCCCCAAGCCCAGCACAGCCCUCCAGGCCACCAGGGAGUUCUGCAGCCUCUGUGGGCAUCCAGCACUGCCCAGGAUCCACCAGCACCGGCAGAGACUCCUCUUGUCC